AUGAUCGAACGCGUAACGAAUAGAACGAAGAAGAAACACUCCAAGAAAUCUCAUCGUGACGAAGACAGCGAUACGUCCGAUUCGGAAUCCGAUUCUGAUUCCAAAAGUGAUGCUUCCUCGGAUUCGGAACGCGAGAGCAGCAGCAAGCGGAAGAAAAAGUCCUCGAAGAAGGACAAGAAAAAGAAAUCAUCCAAAAAGAAGAAGGCAAAAUCGCGAUCAACGUCGCGCAACAAAUCACCGGAUGCUUCUCGCAAGAAAACUUCUCUGGAAGAAGAGAAACAACAUGAUAAACGCAAGGAAGUCCCUUCCGAGAUUAGAAACGAGGAUAGAAACAGGCGUUCGGUUGAUCGCAGUGUCGGGCGUAAAGAUCGAUCGACCAGUCGAAACCGCAAUGAUAGUCAUCGGACGCGAGAGUCUAGCCGGGAACGUGGCUCCAAUGUUCGUCGGGGAACAUAUCGGUCCGAUAGAUAUGAAGAAAAUCGUUUCGGUUCCAAUCGUGGCGAAGGAAACUAUUUUAAUCGCUAUCGUGAUCGGGAUCGUGACACUAAUCGCAUUGCCGAGGAACGUCCCCGUCGUAGUCGUUCGAGAAAUCGACGCCGUGACCGUUCACAGGAGCACGAGCGUAAUGAUAGAUCACAUUCUCGUUCGCGAUCUCGUUCGGGAAGUCAAAGAAGGCGUCCGAAUCAUACUGAUGCGCGAGGAUAUAGUGUAGAAAAAUCGAAACCCGGUAACCGUCGGGAUCGUUCGCCUCUGAAACAGUCGGAUCUCGACAAAGCUCGUGAAAGAGACGGUGAACGUGAAAAGGGUCGUGAACGAAACAGAGAUCGCGAUAAUAGGGAGCAAGAUACGGAUCGUUCCCGCGAUAGGGAACGCGAACGGCGACAUGAUGAUCGUGCACGAGGUCGGGAAAACAAUCGCGAUCGUGACCGCGACCGGAAUCGUUCAUCGAGCCCCAAAAAGAGGGAAAAUCGAUCUCCACCUCGUCGGCAACAGCAAGAGGAGCAAUUACCACCCACUAUAAAGCGUGAAAAAUCAUCACGUCAUUCACCUGAACGUAAAUCUAAAUCGAAUACGGCUGUCAGCGAAUCUAGGCAGCGUAAGCGAUCCCCAUCUCCGAAGGCAGCAACCAGCCACCAGUCUGUUACAGCUGACAAGACGGACAAAUCUGUAUACCAGCGUAGUUCUCCGAAAGCUGCUAACGAAAAGCAAUCCGCAUCAUCAUCAGACGAAUCGGAAUCAGAUUUGGACUAUUCUCCAGCCAGAAGACAUCCUGAGCGGUAUAGCGAUAUACUGCAACGCACCAGAUCACGCACGGAUGCCAACGGAGAAGCUCAUUCGGAUACGGCGUCAAAUAAAAACAAUAAACAGCAAGCGACGACAACAUCUUCAACACGCGAAGCUCGUAAAGUGGAACCAACGGCCAGUCCCGUACGCGAGAGAUCUGACAAGAAUGUGGCAGAAGAAGGUAAACAUAAAGGACGUCAUACAUCAACGAGCCCCGAAGCUCGAAAAGAUCGCUCUCGUUCACGGUCGAAGCGUCGCCGAUCGAUAUCGUCUUCCCCAAAGAAAAAGGAUUCCACCCGAUACGGAUCAUCACCCAAUACAAAGAAGCGUGACAAGCAUGUUUCAACUCCAGCUGAAACACAUCCUUCCGCAAAAUCAUCGGAAAAACUGUCAACCUCAUCAUCGCCAUCUUUAAAGAAAGCAAUGUCACGAUCUCGUUCACCUGAGGUGAAGAAACGUCGUCAGGAACGUGAUUCGCGGAACCAGUCUCCAACCGCUCGUACUACGAAAACAAUGCAAAAUGAACGGGAGCUAGCGGAAAGUAAGCGCCCCGAGACACGCAGUCCGGAAAAAAGCGAUUCAAGAAAAUCAAGAACAAAGAAAUCUUCCUCAUCAUCUGGCGCAGCGUCAUCUUCGGUACCGUCAGCAGCCGUCUCCACGACCGUUAUCGUUCAGCAGCCCGUUGUGAAGCUACACUCUCCCGAAUCGGAACAUUCGCAAUCCGAUAGCGAUGAUCGCCAGCCGGAGCGUACAAAGAUGCAGCGUGAUCGCGACGACCUGGAUGCAUUCCUUCCUAUUUAUGAUGAAAAUAGAGAACAGGAGAAGGAUCUUACCCUGCUGAAAGCGCUGAAACAUGAUCUUGCGGCCAAAGCGAAGCAAAGUUUGGAAAAGAAAAAAUCUAGCUCCGCCGAAGGUGUUGUAAGCAGCAGUGCCAUAGCGAUGAAGGUUGGACUGGUGGGCAAACCGGUCGACACAUCCUCUGGCGUGGAGGUGCGGAUCGGCGAGACACGCGAACGGGAACUGCAGCUAAUGCAAAGCAAACAGCACCAAUCCGCUCAACCCAGCUCUAGCAAAACAGAAACAACAAAACCAAACGUUUCAAACGAGAAGCAAUCUGUCGGUAAAUCCAAUAAUUCUUCGGCCGAUGCAGUCCAGGAGGACAGCAGCAGUACACAAAUGAAAAAGGAUAUUCACGAGAUACUUAGCACUGUCGGUGCAUGUGCGGUUGCGAAUGGUUCGGAAGUCGCCGCCAGUUUGGCGAAGACGACGAUUUUGCACGCGGUGGAUAGCAUACUGAAGGAGAAAAUAUCGGGAACUGCGAAGGAAAAGUCUACUACGUCUACCGCAUCCGGUAGUAAAACUCGUGCUAGUACCAGAAGCAGUCGCUCGAGAUCGCGCUCCCGUUCACGCUCACGUUCGCAUAAGUCCCGUAGCUACAGCAGCUCAAGUAGCGGUUCUGGCAGCUCUCGCUCGCGUAGCCGGUCCUCUUCGUCGCAUAGUCGCAGCUCUACGGAUCGUGGCAGCAGCCGCUCGAGAAGCCGUUCCAGCAGCCAUUCGUCUCAAUCUUCCCCGCGAUCCCGUACAGCAUCGCGUUCACCAUCGAUACCACGGCGUGCUGGAUCACCUUCGUUCCUCGAUCGGCGCCGUAUCACCAGGAUAACGUUCAGAUAUAGCUACGAUGAUUUCGGUGUCUUCAAUGAGGUGUGCGCCUUGCAAUGGUCAGCAUCCUAA